AUGGAGGUCCAGCAUAAUAGCCGUGCCUUGCGGCCUCGCCACAGCAGAAAGCCACCCGCAAAGCAGACCGUAACAGCAGCAGUAAAGAAAACAGUCUCGGUCGCCGCAGUCUUCAAGCAGCCACCGCAGAAAUCAAAGAAUGACAAGAUCAGAGUUCAGAAGCCUGCCUCCGACGACAAAGUCCAGAGCCACAAAUCCAGGUCCAGUUCCCACAGCCCUCACAAAGCCGGAUCACGCGUAUCGAAGAAGAAAUCCGCCCUCCAUCCGCUCGCCAUAGCCUUCAAGAACACAAGCGACUCCUACCGCCGGCAACUCUACAAAUCCACAACCCUCAAGAUAAACACCACUCUUGCCACCCUCACCCACACCCUCUACGACUCCACCCUCCAACCAAUCUCAUCCUCCAUCAACUCCGAGCAUUCUCCCAUUCGCCUCACCAUUCCCGCCAAAUUCGCCCGUGCUGCACACAAACUUUACGCCCCCAUUAGCGCGUAUAAAAUCGGCCUCACACGUACGAACACCGAUGGCACGCAGACCAAGUUCCCCGCGACCCUGGAGGCGCGCAUGGCGGAUUACGCGCAUCUGAUUGCGAGCCAGAAGGAGGAGAUUGAGAAGCUGCGGGAUAAAUGGGAGGCGGUCGUUGGUGAGAUAUGGAAGGUGGGGGUGCAGGUAAUUGGCGCAGAGGGUGUGGAGAGUGUCUUGUUCGUCAAGAAAGACAAAGGCAAGGGCAAAGAGAAGGCGAGGAGGGACGUCGAGCCCGAGAGUUCGUUGUUCGUGGGCGAGCAAGAAACAUCCCCGCCGGCGAAGAAGACGAAGAAGCGCGUCACGUUUGUCGAAGAUGUGCAGGAUAUGCCGAGAUCGGAUCUGGCUUUCUUGUAUCAGCCGACGCGUCUGCGUGUCGGGCCCGUGGCCGAUGCGCCGAAUAUGCCGGUGCUGGAGAUUGGGGCGCUGGAGAAGAGGGUUAAGGAGAUGGGGCAGAAGGAGUAUGCGGAGUUGAAGAAGGCGGAGGGCGAUUAUAAGGCGUACUGGCAGAAGAAGAAUCAGAGGCUGGCGCAGGUCUUUGGGGAGGAUUGA